AAAGCUACCAUUCUGCCUUUUUUAAACAUAAGCUUUAAUGGAAAGGGACACACAUACAGAACAUUUUGAUGGUACAAAGAAGCAUACGGAGAAAAGUAAGGGCCCAAGUCCCUCUCCCCACAGGCAUCUGUGCCAGGGUCCCCCAGGAGGUGCCUCUGCAUGGCUUGUCUCCCAAUUGGGACAGGACAGCGGCCUGCACGUCCACCUGCCUUGUCUGGGAUCCCCCCCUCCUGCUGGCACUGGAUUGUUUCUGUGAAUGGGGGGCACCCCCUGCCCUGUGCUGCCGGGAAUAUCCCCGUACAGAUGCCGUCCUGUACGUGUCUGGUCAUAAAUUCCUGGACUCAGAACUCCUAAGUUAAACUGCCCUCCUUGGGAGGCUCCAGUCUGCUCUGGCCCAGCGUCUCCAGCCCCCAGUUCCCCCUGCACAGGAUUCCCUGGAGGGUGGCAGAGGGUCCCAUCCCAGCUUUCCUGCACUGAGGGUAUUAUCAGUCAUGUGUUGCCCAGAAACAUAGGCAAGGGGCUGAAUUUGUUACUGGUACCAGUGGAAACCGCUCAGAAAUGAGGGACAGCCUCCUGGCUGAGACCCCUGCCUCAGCGGGAGUGUUCUAGGCCUUGGUCCCCGCCCCCCACCCUGGAGCUGGGGGCAGGGACCUCAGCAUCUCAGACUGCUCAGUCACUUCCUCUGGGCCCACAGUGUGCGACUAGAUUAGGGCUUGUUGUUAGACCACAUCUGAUCUCCUCUCCCACCCCUAGUUCAGUUUUUCUUCCUUGACCCCCACCAGCCCCUUGGGGCCCUCCUGCUCCCAGACAUCCCCCUGCCACCAUGGCCCAAGAAUGACAGCACAGGGUCGAGAAUCUCCAGUGUGGGGGUGCCCCAGGGCAGGACAGUAGAGGCCUGUCUCGGGGCCUGGAGGGGCAUGGGGGGUGGGGGAGGACUGAGUGCAGGAGAGAAGUGUACCCUCCCCUCUGAGCCUCAGUCUCUUCAUCUGCACAGCGGGCCCCCAUCUGAGUGCAGGAAUGUGGAGGGGCCAGAGGAAGGAGGGCUCCCCAGGAGGGUGGUUCAGAGGACCCUCUGGCCUGUGCUGGCCUGGCCGCCUCCCUUGGGCUCAGAUGUGGCCGUGACCUCCCUCCCAGUCAUACCUCUGACCCCGAGCUGAGGUGGGGCCAGGAGAGGAACAGAAGGAACUUUGAGAACCAGCCGGAUGGACAUCUCCCAGGGUAUGCUGCAGCCAGGAUCCCGUCAGACCACCAGGGCAGUACAUGGCCAGCGUCAGAGCUCUGGCUAAGGAGUGGCACCUCCGCAGACAUCCCCACCAGACCCCAGACUCACAAGAUGCCUUCCCCUCUCUGGCCUUCACUUUACACCUGCCCAUGGGGGCCAUGCUGGCGCAUGGGUGAGGCUUCGAGAAGGUGGGGCAGCUCCCACAGAGAGCCUGGGGUGCUUGGGUGUGUGUAUAAGGGUGUGGGGGGUGGGUUACCUGCUCUGACCUCUGACCUGGAAGGGAGGGCUCUCCUUUUGCCCGCCAGAGACAGGAGAUGGGGGAGGCUUCAGGAAAGGCCAAGAGCCCCUGACGGGGGAUGUGACCUGGAAGGCUGGGCUGUCAUGAGAACGGGAGCUGUGACUGGCUAACAGGAAGUGACCACUUAGGCUUCCUGAGCUGGACAGGGGCUGGUGGGUGUGCUAUAGCCUAGGACUUCCUCGCCCAUCUUACUGGCCCAACACUUGGACCCCAUGAGGUACCUCUAACAAAGUGGUCCUAGCCACCAGUCCACCUUAGGUCAUCUGUGGGCCUCCCACAGGCUGGUUGGGGGCAGGAGCCGGUUUAUCUCACCAGGCCCUGUCUGCUGGCCCUCUCUGCCCUCUGCCUGUGCUCAGGAAGCUGCGGGUGGGGGGUCCAGCAGACAGGAAAUACGAAGUCAGUCGGCUACGGCCUAGAGCAGCCGACACCCAGCUCCAACAAAAUGUGGAUGCUCUUGCUGCUGUGGUCCCUGGCACUGGGGUUCAGCCUGGAGGGUGGCACGCAGACCCCCAGCAUCUACGACGAGAGCGGGAGUGCAGCAGACGGAGAUGAUGGCACGCUGGGAACUGGGACCCCUUGCCCACCUGGCCCACGCAGCUUCCCUGGCUGGCCCUGCACCAACAACAGUGACACUCUGGAGCUCUUGGACAACUCUAGGGCACUGCUGCUGGGCUGGGUGCCCACAAGGCUGGUGCCCACACUCUAUGUGCUGGUCCUGGUAGUGGGGCUGCCCGCCAACAGCCUGGCACUGUGGGUCAUGGCCACACGGGUGCCUCGGCUGCCGUCUACGGUGCUGCUCAUGAACCUGGCGGCCGCUGACCUUCUACUAGCCCUGGCCCUGCCGCCCCGCAUCGCCUACCACCUGCGAGGCCAGCGCUGGCCCUUUGGAGAGGUCGCCUGCCGCCUGGACAUGGCCGCGCUCUAUGGCCACAUGUACUGCUCCGUGCUGCUGCUGGCGGCCAUCAGCCUGGACCGCUACCUGGCUGUGGUGCACCCACUGCGGGCUCGCGCCCUGCGAGGCCAGCGCCUGGCCACUGGAUUCUGCGCUGCAGCCUGGCUGGUGGCAGUCACCCUGGUGCUGCCCCUGGGGCUGCAGCAGCAAACCUUCCGGCUGUCGCACUCAGACCACGUGACCUGCCACGAUGCGCUGCCCGUGGGCACCCAGGCCUCCUACUGGCGACCUGCCUUCAUCUGCCUGGCCGUGCUCGGCUGCCUCGUGCCCCUGCUGACCAUGCUGUUCUGCUGCGGGGCCACUGUGCAUGCGCUGGCGGCUGGUGGCCGGCGCUACAGCCAUGCACUCAGGCUGACCUCGCUGGUGCUCGCCUCCGCCAUGGCUUUCUUCGUGCCCAGCAACGUGCUGUUGCUGCUGCACUACUCAGACCCACGCCCAGAUGCCUGGGGGAACCUGUAUGCUGCCUAUGUACCCAGCCUGGCACUCAGCACCCUCAACAGCUGCGUGGACCCCUUCAUCUACUACUAUGUAUCGGCUGAGUUUAGGGACAAGGUGAGGGAGGGGCUGCUCUGCUGGGUGCCGGGAGCCACCACGACCUCCAAGGAGGGGGGCAGCCCGGGGACAGGUACCUGGUCCUCAUCGCUUGUGACAGCCCCUCAGGAGGCAGGGAAACAGAGAGGGGUUGUGCUGGGUUGAAUAGGGUCCCCCAAAAUUCAUGUCCACCAGGAACCUCUAAUGAGCUUGUUCAGAAAUAGGGUCUUUGCAGGUGUAAUUAAGAUGAGGUCAUAUUGGGGUAGGGUGAAUCCCUUAUGACUGAUGUCCUUAUAAUAAGACACCAACAUACACACAAAGAAGGUCGUGACCAUGGAGGCAGAGAUCAGGGUGAUUGGGCCACAAGCCAAGAACACCAAGGGUUGUAGGCAGCCACCAGAAACCAGGAGAGCACCCUCAGAGGGACUGUCCCUAAGGCUCUCCAGGAGCCAACCCUGCCCACACCCUGAUCUCAGACUUCCAGCCUCCAGAACUGAGACAAUAAAUUUCUGUUGUAAGUCACCUGGCUUGUGGUACUUGGUUAUAGCAAUACAGCGACCCAGGAAGCCAAGACAGGGGGUAAAUGCAGAUUCCCGGGCUCAGCCAGCUCUCUUUGUGUCCAAGGUGGGGAUGAGAUGAGGCUUGUGCUACCCUG